AUGGCGUGCGCCGCCCCCUCCUCCGGGACGUCCCAGCUCUUUACGUGCCCGAGAACGCUCACAUCCCCGGUAAAGAUCGAUGAGGAGUGGGCGAUUACGACGUCAUCUGCUACGCACGCUACCCCCACCCCGAAAGCGCCCGUAGCGACGCUGUGCACUCUUGCAAAAGGAUCAGCGCCGAUGGCACCGGUGACGGAUGACACCCACGCUUCCCCUCAGCCGUCCCCUGUCUCCACUUUGUCGGCUAUCCGCCGCUUCUUGUGCCGCAGCAGCAUCAUGGUCCCGUUCAUGGCAGAACGUGCAACCAAGAAGGUGGUUGUGCUUCCGCCGCCGAUACAUCGCCUCUACCGCCAGGCGGACGAGACUCGACGCUCGCCGAACCAGCGAGCAGACUCCCUCGCCAGCUGCGGCGACAACGAGCUGGCAGCAGAGAAUGCGGGUGUCUCUGUGAGCACCGACUGUGAAGCGAAUGCCAAGGUCGACCAUCCACGCGGCGACGUCUUCGACUUCACCUGGACCACGAAAGAGGUGAGUGCAAUGCGCAUGCAGCAGCGUGAGUACCUGCGCAGGCAGCGCGGCAGCCCGCAUGCACCGGUGCUGGUGAGGAUGAAUGACCUGGUUUCAAAUCUUCUGAACGAUGGCGAUUUGGAACAGAUGGAAAAGGCGAGCCCCACCGUUGCAACUGUCGCCUCGCCGACUGUGCAUGCCAAUGUGGCGAACAUCGUAGCUGGUCUUUGCACGCGCGCCAUCCCUCAAGCGGAGUACAUCAGCAGCGUCUUCCAGUACCGCAUGAGCGUUCUGCAGAAGCGCAUCAACGCGGUUCCGACCGGAGUGGUAGUCCCUGCUGUCGUGCAGGCUACCAUGACGCUAGACGAGCUGUCGGAUAUCCACAGCGGCAAGAGUAUCCCGAAGUACAAGAAGGGCAAGGGGACUUCCAAAAAGGCGUUGUCGCCAACUACGGCGCCAACUGUCAGCUUCCCGCAUCCCGGGGUGCCCUUCACAUACCAAGAUCUUGCGCAAGACCCCCUACUCCUGACGGCUGAGCAGCGCGCCGACCGCCGCGCGGCGCUGCUUCACCGGCGCACGCUGUCUGAGGAGGUCUACGGCCAGUCUGUCCCGUACAGGUGA